UACCAGUCCCGAAACAAAUUUACAAACGACAGAUUCGUCACGGAAAGGGAAUGUACCAUAUACCGGAAGUGACGAGCGUGGUCUUUUCGUGUUUUUGUUGUGGAGUUUAUGGCGUCAAAGAAGUUUAUGGUGACCGCCCGAACAUGGACUGUGGCCGAGGGAUGUUUUGCCCGUUUUGUGGCAAACACAUGAACAGCUUAACGCGGUUUUGCUUUACGUGUGGUCGGUGUUUGGAGUUUUUAAAGGACGCGGACAAGACGGAAACAUUGGAAACACAGGGGACGUCUCGACAGCCGGACAGUGCUAUGCAAAAACAACCAUGCCCAUCAUACAAACAGUUCAUGGAGUACAGAAGCUCGAAAUCAAAAGAACGACAGUCUUUUAACUAUGGGCCAAAAGGAAGAUAUAGGCCUAAAGAAAGAAAACACGUCCAGAUAAACGUAGGAUUGAUGGUGCCAAGUGGAACUGAUUUAAAACCUCUAAGAGGGAAAACACUACAGUUAUUUACAGACCCAGAGGUAGCAGCACCUGAUCUACUGAAACAAGCUGUCCAGAAAAUGACAACAUUUAACAAGGACAUGCACGAAGGACCUUAUGUCCUUUUGUAUCCAGACUGCUCAGAGGUGGUUCAUGUGCCUGGGUCAGAAAGGCCAUUCAAAUUGGCAGAAUAUAAAAAGGAAAUAGGAAAGGCAUAUUCCAGGAUCACUUUUUUCAUUUGCCUAGAAAAACACUAUAAAAGAGUGGAUGAUACCUCAGACUCUGAUUCUGAAAUUGUCAUCACAACAAGGAGCACAGCUGAACUCAAUCGUGCUGACACUUUGGUUUUUGAACCACAAAAUCGAAGUACUCCCAAACACAAGCUGGACGAUGAAAGAGAUGCACCAGGACAAUCAACAAUUCAGCCUGGACAGAUAGUAAUAUCUGAUGCUGAGGAUCUGGAUCCACCGGAAGCAAAUCCAGAAAAAAUGUCUUGCUACAGUAAAUACACAGACCUGUAUUCACCAAAUGUUGAGCAGGAGGACGAAGAGCCGGUUGCUGUCAAUGUGAAGAAUUUCCAACACACAGCAAUGGAGGAGACGGACAUUGCAUUACCUGACAUCGUAGCAAACCUGUCUCUUCCUAUUGAUCAUAAAAAAAGUCAGCCGGUUUAACAUCUCAAGGGAUAAUGUUUGGGAUGGGGCAGUCAGAGGUUUCAAGCGUACAACAUAUUCUGAAACCUGUGACAUGCUGGUGAAAUUUACUGAUGAUACUG